AAUGAUACAACAAUUAUUAAUAAACAAGAAAGACGUAGAAAAAGACGACGUCGACCACCUGAAACAGAACAAAAUAAUACAAAAAUGGAAUUACUAAAAGGGAUGAAAGCUGAAGAAGCAACUGGUGGCCGAACUAUUUGGCGCAAUAUAAUUUGGCUAAUUAUACUUUUUGCAUAUUCGUUAAUUGGCGGUAUUUUAUUUAGUGCUAUUGAAGGAAAUUAUGACAAAAGUGAACUUUUGAAAAAGUAUGAACAAGAUUUAGAUAUCUACGAAAAGCAUCAAAUUUUACAAGUAGAAAUUUUUCAGAAAUUGCGGGAAAUUGAUCUUGAUCAGACUUACUUACAAAAUUCUACGAUUAUUUCAACUGAAGUAAAACGUCAAAAAAUGCUACACGUUAAUGAUGCAUUAAACAAGUAUGAACAAAAAUUAGGUAUUAAUAUUAAAUUACCGAUAAUGGAAGAUACUAGAUGGAAUAUUUGGGGUGGCGUUUAUUAUGCUGCUAGUUUGUAUACAACAAUUGGAUAUGGCAAUUUUCAUCCUGAAACUCCAGCUGGUCGGAUAAUAUCUAUGAUAUACGCCUUUUGUGGUAUACCAUUAGUAUUUACGAUUCUUUUAGAAUGGGGUUUUUUGUAUUAUACGUGGUUGGAUAUGUUUUGGAAAUGGUUUAAUGUGAAAUUUUGUGCAAGUGCUAUGCAAAAACAUUUAAAACGACGUUUAGCAAAAGAAAAAACACGUCGCGCAGGAAGUGAUUUAUCACUUCGAUUAACAUCACUGGGACCACUAACGCAAAUUGAAAGUGGCAAAAAAAUAUCACAACUUCCGAUAGAAUUAAGUGAAGCAGAAGGACAACGUACAGUCCCUCUGAAAGCUGCGCUAAUAUUUUUUUUCUUGUGGAUUCUUAUUAGUGCUUUUAUUGUACGUUUAUGGGAAACUAAUUGGACUUACUUUACUGCAUAUUAUUACUUUUUUACGUCACUUACUACAAUCGGGCUAGGCGACGUCGUGACAGAAACACCAAAUUAUAUUAUUUUCAAUUUGGCAUUAACAAUGAUAGGUCUUUCAGUUGUUGGCUUGUGUAUUGCAAUUGUACAGGCAAAAAUUCGCUUAAUUUUUGAUCGAAUGAUUCGAUCAAUCGAUAGUCAAUAUCGAAUAAGACAAAUUGAUCCCGACGUUGCUACAAUGACUGUCAUUCCAAAUGAAAAAGAAGGCAUAAAAAGGCUUUGUGAAGCACAACCAAUACAAGAUCGUAUUAUUUACAUAGCUAUGGAUGAGCAUAAAAAGCAACUUUUAGAAGACAGAUGGAGACAAAGAAGUUCAAUGAUAAACAGAAUCACUCAAACUUGGCCAAGUCGAGCUGAUAAAUGUAUUCAAACGGGUCAAAGAGUUGAUGAACAACCACCACCACGGAUUGAAGGAAGUAGUACACUAUCAGAUGAAGCUGAAGAUGCUGAUUACGAUCCAGUUACUGGUAAACGUGUAGUACCACCAAGUACACGACGUUAUAUUUACACGGUAUUUGACUAA